AUGUCGAAGAUUUUCGAUAUCAAAAACAAGUUAGGGGAGGGACGUUAUGGUUUCGUUUGCAAAGGAGACUGGGAUGGAAAAACAGUGGCCAUCAAGCGAAUUCAACUACAUCAGUGCUGCAAACAAGAAGAAGAAGCCAUGAAAAAACUCGAUCAUCCGAAUGUCGUAAAAUUUUUUCACGCCGAGAGUGACGAGCAUUUCAGAUAUUACUGUCUUGAAUUGUGUGAUGGCUCGUUGGACCAAAUGUUAUCUAAAGACAAGGAACCAGAAAAAUUCUUGAAGGCCCACCCAAUGCUCAUACAAUUGCGUAACAUUUACCAAUUAGCUACUGGCCUGGAAUACAUUCACAAACAGGGACUGAUCCACCGUGAUCUAAAGCCGGAAAACGUUCUAAUUAAAGAAACUCUGAUGAAAUGGGCUGAUUUCGGACUGAGUAAACAAGUGAAUGAAAGAAGAACUUGUUCCAUGAGUGAAAUCAAGGGGACAAGGGAAUGGUUAGCACCAGAAUUAUUGAAACUACUCGUCACCGAAGAAGAAAUAACGCAAAGGGGAACAAUCAAGAGCGAUGUGUUUUCGGAAGGUCUUGUCUUUGGAUAUUAUCUUUCAAAUGGUCUUCAUCCGUUCGGUUCUCAUGAUAAAAUUUACUCCAACAUACUUAAAAACAAACUAAUUAAUCUAGAUAAAUGUCAACCGUGUGCGUAUGACAUAAUCAAGAGAAUGUUAGAAGGAAAGCCGGAAGAUCGAAUCAAUUCGUCCGAUGUCGCUGAAUUAAUUUACGAAAAGCUUGUGACACAAAAACAAUUUAUGGACUUAUGUUCGAGUGAUACUUAUCCUAGUUUAAAGGAUAUCAAAUACUUUCUGGAAAAAAGUGUGGAUGUCAACUUUGUCAAUCCUGAAGGAUGGACUCCCCUUUUAUAUCUGGCAAAAGCAAAAAAGGAUGUUGGCGAUAACAAUUUGGUUGAAAUAGUGCGGCACUUCAUAAAGAAUGGCGUCAACCUUGGUCAAACUUUGUUCUUCGCCAGAUCAAAUGUCUUGCAUUUAUUUUGUCGCUAUUAUAAAAAAGACAAUUUAAUAGACAUAAUUCGACUUCUGAUCGAACACGAAAUGGAAAUCAAUUGCAAGGAGACCUUCGAAGAUAAUGCUCUAACUAUAUUGUGUAUACAUUAUCAAAAAGAAAAUUUAGUUGAAAUCAUCACACUUUUAAUUCAACAUGGAAUCGACAUCAAUUGCAAAGACAGCAACGGAGAUAACGCACUUACUUUAUUGUGCAGCAAUUAUCAAAACGAAAACUUAUUUGAUAUACUUCAACUUUUGAUUCAUCACGGAAUUGAGAUCAAUUCCACGACAAAGGGCGGAUCGAAUGCUCUCAUUUCAUUGUGUCAAAACAAAAAUGUUUUCAAUUGCAAGAAUCACAGCGAAACUAACGCUGUAAUUGCCGAUAGUCACAAACGGGAAAAUUCAAUUGCAAUCAUUCGACUACUUAUUCACCACGGAAUCAAUGUAACUUGCACGGAUGACAGCGGAGAUAAUGCUCUCAUUUAUUUGUGUGGCAAUGAGGAAGCAGAGAAUUUCAUUGAAAUAAUUGAAAUUUUGAUUCAACAUGGAAUUGAUAUCAAUUUUAAGAAUAGCUCUGGACUGAAUGCUCUCAUGAUGUUGUUGUGUCAACGUAAACAAAAGCAGAAUUUAAUUGAAAUUAUUCAGUAUUUGAUUCACCAUGGAAUCGACGUCAAUUGCAAAGCCUCAAGCGGGUGGAAUGCACUUCACUAUUUGUCUUCUUUUUAUCAACAUGAAAAUGUAAUUGAAAUUAUUCGAUAUUUGAUUCAGCAAGGAAUCGAUGUCAAUGACAGGUGCAACGACGGAUCAAAUGCCCUUCACUGUUUGACUCGUAAUUAUCGUAAUGAAAAUUUAACUGAAAUAAUUCUAUUUCUGAUCGAAAGCGGAAUUGAAGUUGAUUGCAAGGAUAAUAACGAAGAAAACGCACUUACGUUAUUGUGCCGCAAUUAUCAAAACGAAAAUUUAAUUGAUAUAUUUCAACUUUUGAUUCAACACGGAAUCGAUGUCAAUUGCAAAAACUUCAGCGGGUGGAAUGCACUUCACUGUUUGUCUCAUUAUUAUCAAAAUGAAAAUUUAAUUGACAUUUUUCGGCUUUUGAUUAAAUAUGGAAUCGAAGUCAACUGCGAAACGGAACAACACCAGAAUGCUCUGAUUUUGUUAUUUGGGGCAAGAUAUCAAAAAGAAAAUCUAGUUGAAAUAAUUCGACUUUUAAUUCGACACGGAAUCGACGUCAAUUCCAAGAUAAACCAAUGGUAUCAUGCCCUUCACCUUUUGUAUGGUUAUUAUCGAAAUGAAAAUUUAAUUGAAAUUACUCGACUUUUGAUUGAACACGGAAUCGAUGUCAAUUGCAAGAACCAUCGUGGACACAAUGCUCUUUACUAUUUGUUUCGAUAUUAUAAAGAAGAAAAUAUCAUUGAAAUAACCCAACUAUUAAUUCAAUAUGGAAUGGAAGUGAAUUACCAAGACCGAAACACGAAUAAUGCCUUACAUUAUUUAUGCACAUUUUAUCAAGAAGACAAUUUAAUUGACUUAAUACGACUUUUGAUUCGACACGGAAUCGAUGUCAACUGCAAUGGUAGCCUUGGAAGAAGAGCCCUUGAUAUCUUGUGUCAAUUCUACACCAAAGAAAAUUUAGUUGACAUUGUUCAAAUUUUUCUUCAGCAUGAAAUGGAAGUCGAUGAUAAAGAAGACUGGGAAAGAAAUAAUAAAUUUUAUGGCUUGUGGCCUUAUAGAGAGAAAGAUUACAGCGACUUUAAAAAAUGCAUGCAUUCCUUGUGCCAAAGUGAUCAAAAAGAAAAUUUAAAUGAAAUCAUUCGACUUCUAAUUGAAAAUUGUUGCGUUGUGACGUCAUAUACGUUAACUUCCAACGCAUAUGAAAUGAGAAAAGAAAGACGACAUGAAAUUGUGCAAUACAUCGCAGGGUGUUGCGGUAAGGUACACAUAGAAAAAGAAUGGAUCCAACAUAUGACACAAGGUUUUGUUAAAUAUUUUGACUAAAUCCCGCCAAAAUCCUCUGUAUCGCUUCAAUGCAUGUUAGAUAGCCUUACCCACUUUAUGAACCGUUAAUAUAAUAGAGGAACUGAUUUCUCUUGAUGUAAUUUUUUCGAAUAUUUUGUUAUGCAAAGUGAAAAAUAAAAC